GAGACAUCAUUUUGAAUAUCGACCUGAACGGUAAACCCAUCAUCGCUCUGCAGCUGAUCCACCAUACUUCUCCACUCUUCCUCUCUAUCUUAAAGCGUAAAUAUCCCAAGCGUUUCGGAAAAGAACGUUCAAGAGACGGAAGUGAGGGAGAGGUAGAAAGGGAAGAAAAGACGAAGAGAGGGUGUUACAAUGUCUCUCGCUCCAGCAGCCUCAGAAGGCUUCCAAAACGCUACCGCCUACGACGCGCACCGCCCGGCCUACCCACCCGAGGCCACACAGAGGCUCCUCGAGCACAUGCGCCUCGCGGACCGGCCGCACGCGCGGAUCGUCGAGGUCGGCGCCGGCACGGGCAAGCUCACAGAGGCGCUCGCGGGGCGUCAUGAGGGGUAUGCUAUCGUGGCGGCCGAGCCGCACCCGGAGAUGCGGCGGACGCUGGCCGGGAAAAGGUUGCGAGGGGUGAGGGUUCUUGAGCGGCGGGCUGAGGACCUGGGAGGGAAAGGGAAGGAGGAAGAGGAGGAGGGGGAGGAAGGGGUGGCGGAUGAGUGGGGGGAUGGGGUUGUUGCUGGGCAGGCGUUUCACUGGUUCGCUACGGAUGAGGCGCUGGGUGAAAUUCACCGGGUAUUGAAACCUGAAGGGGUGUUUGGGAUGAUCUGGAACAUUGACGACUAUAACAAGCCCAAGGCUUGGAAAGCCUCAACCCGCUGGGCACAGCACCUCAACGACUGGAUCCACAGUCUAGCGGCCAACGACGGCAACAAGCGCUUCCGCGACAUGGAGUGGAAGGAGGUCUUUGACAGACAGCUCAAGACGAACCCGGUGCAGGUCCUGCGAGACACGCUCCUGGGCAACCUGCCGCGGUUCUCGGUGCCUUUGGGCCAGGACAGCGUGGCGUGGACGCAUUGGUUGGACGAGAAGGCGCUGUGGGACCGGAUUAAUACGCUCAGCCAUGUUGCGCUGCUGGAGGGAUCGGACAGGGAGAAAGGGGAGAGGGUGUUCAGGGAGGCCAUGGGAAUGGACGACGUUGUGAGGAAUGAGAAGGGGGAGGUCGAGUGUCAUGGGAGGACGUAUCUUGCGUGGUCGGAUCGGAUGUAAGCACGGAAAGAAGCCAAAAGGGAAUCAAAUAGUCAACAUCGCCAACAUGAAAGGGGAAGGAAUUGCGUUUUUUUUUGUUAUUCUUGCUGCCAAGCCAGUUAUAUCGAUGCAGUCAAACCCCAUGCCGUGCUUCUGAGCCCACCGUCCUGAAUACUGUUGGACCUUGCAAAGGCAUCUCAGCAGAAGAGGAGAGCUCCCUCUCCCACAUACUCCUCGGACCUCCUGAGCUCGUCAUUGAAAUCAUCAAUGUGGAUGAUCUUCGGUGGAAUGAAUGGUGCCACCAACACCUUUACUCAUUCUUGCUGCUGUAACAACCUGGUUUCGUUGGCUAGGUGCUGAAGAAAUCCGCCCAAGUGGCCGCUGGUGAUUUCCUCUUCUAAGAGUCGGCAGAGAUGUACAUGACAUUGUUACCUCUCACGAAUGCGUCCCCGUAUGCGCGCCUCUUCUGUCCGUUGACAUACUCCUCCGUCUUCUCAAGGGCGAUGUUCAUGUAGCCAUCGACCGACUGAAGCUCACCCUUAUAGACAACGCCCGAGUUGAGCUUGACCGUCACAGGGUUGCCGAUGAUCUGGCUGAGGAAGCCCGACGGGUCCUUACCCUCAGUGGAUGGGGCGCCGUUCUCCAUGCUGCGUGCGGGAGGGGUCUGAAACCGUUUGGAAAGACUGCGUGGGAGCGAGAUGCUUGUGUGUCU